AUGGAUUUCAUCCAAAACGAGAAAGUAUCGCCGGACAGGAAAUCAGUUGCGGUAGCUACGGCUAGUUUGAACGAAUUAAUGGCACCGGCUUCAUCUUCGCGUUAUGUUAUGUUGAAUGGAGUAUUGCAACAACAUGCAAUUAAUGUUCAUGGGAAAUGUGAGGAUUUGCUCGGCGCUGCAUACCCGAAUAAUCGAGUACCAGUUCCGAGUAACGAUCAUACGCUCAAAAAGCUGGUGGAGAAGCUAACAACGAAUGAUCUACUGGACGAGGAAUUCACACUCAUUCCAAAUAGACGCAUGUCUGCUGGCGUAUCGACUAGCCAGAAACCUGAUAAUAUGAUUAUUGGAAAUUUUCGGACUCCAAGGCUAAAAGAAUGGCUUAAGCUUUUGCAGAUUCCUGUUGGCGACCAAAUUUUACGGUAUAUUUUGGCACAAGCGCCACUGCCUGAUACGAUUCAGGAUUUUUGGCAAAUGAUUUGGGAAUCUGGAGCGCAGUUGAUCGUUAUGUUAUGUGAUGCACAGGAUUCAAAAAAUAGCACAACACCAAUUUAUUGGCCCCAGAAAGUGAUGGGUAAAUUACGCCUUAGCGAUUAUUCGAUAACGCAGCUUUCGAGUUCGACAAGUAAGCAGCAGAUUACAACAACAUUGCAACUCAAACGUUCUGCUGGUGGCGAGCGACGUACUGUUUAUCAUCUCAGGUUAUUAGACUGGAAACCCGGUAGCAUACCGGCAAGUGAAGAUUCCUUUCUAGGUUGGUACCUUUAAUA